AUGUCAAGCGGUGGCGAAGCGCCCUGGCGUGGCCCACACGGCGGAACCCUGGUCCUAGGAUGGCGUCGGAAGUUCUGUGGGCCCACGCCACGAGCACAGAGUGACGUCGGAGGUCUGCGGGUCACCUACAAUGCCUUGAUAAGCGCGUGCGAGAGAGGUGCGCGGUGGCAAAGCGGGUUGUCGUUUUUGAGAGAGCUGUUGGAGACGAGCGUGGAAGCAAACGUCAGAAGCUACAACGCCAUGUGUGGGACGUGCGUGCCCUGGCAGCACGCGCUGGUUCUGCUUGGCGAGAUGUCGCAGGCGAGGAUCGACCCUGGCGCGGGCUUGAGUGCUGGGAUCAACUCGUGCGAGAAAGGCGGCAACAAGCAUCACACCCUGUCUUUGUUCAACGAGCUGGUGCAAUCAGCGUCGAUGGCGAUGCUUGGACGAUGUCAUCCCGAGCCUUAG